UUAAAUUCCUACUUAGUAUAUAAGGUGGCCACUGGCUGGUAAUUGGCCAGACGACAUUCUUACUUCAGUAGAAACGGUCCCCGAAGCCAUGCGGUCCCUAGUACUUUUCGCCCUUCUUUCAUUGGCUGCUGCCAAGCCUAAACCCGGUGGUCUGUGGGGAGCACCAGCCGUCUCAUCCCUGAGCUAUGUGCACCAGCCCUUAGCCGUAGCCCAGCCGGUGGCGGUCGCCCAGCCCAUAGUGCACGCCGCGCCCGCCGCCGUCAUCGCCAAGCCUGCUGCCACCAGCUACGCCUCCUUCCAACAGAUCGUCCACCCAGUGGCUCAACAAGUCGUCCACGCUGCCCCAGUGGUAUCCCAACCGAUAGUCCACGCUGCCCCAGUCGUCUCCCAACCGAUAGUCCAAGCUGUCGCCCAACCGGUCUACCAACAAGUCCACGCUGCGCCGGUAGUGCAGGCCUACUCGCAGCCGAUUGUGCAAUCCUAUGGCCACGGCUGGUAAACGCAUCUAAUAAUAUGAGAUUGUAAAUAUUUUGUUCUUCCCUUAUUUAAGCGUUGAGAUCAUUUCCGUGCUGUUGUUGUGGUGCUAAUAAACAGUUUU